UCUGUGGUUCACACUCUGAAAGAUUGCGCCUGCGUGCUCUUUAAUGAUAUCAGGUGAAUAUUACAGUGAGCGAGCCAAGGAGCUGGAACAUAAAGAGGGAGGCAGAAUAGAACUCACAUGCUGAACUCUGAUGAAACUGCCAACACAAUUGAUGUCUGUGAAGAAUCAGCAUUGGUGCAUUGGCAAAAGAUAUAACGGACAUAUGAUGUGAAUAAAUCCAAACAAUGCAAGGUCCAACACUUCCAAGCUCCAAAAAGGACAUAAAGGCAGCAUAAAGAUAACCUUGUUCACCAGUUGCCUUUUUGAUGAAAGUGGAAUUCCUUUGUCAUGUCAUUACUCACACACGCGUUGGCCUGCCUCUUCGGCAUUGGCUCAUGGAUAACCAUCAACGGGAUGUGGGUGGAGCUACCUCUGAUUGUCCCUGAGAUUCCUGAGGGCUGGUAUCUGCCCUCCUACCUCACUAUAAUUAUCCAGAUAGCCAACAUUGGCCCCCUCUUCAUCACACUCAUGCACCGCUUCAGACCAGGAGUGCUGGAUGAGCGACCUCUUAUCUACACCAUUGUGGCGGUCGGUGUGGUGGCCACCUUCCUCCUGGCUUUCUUCUGGAAACACACACUUACUUUAGGAGAUGGCGAACACAGUGCUGCCUUACUGUCUCUCAGCUUCCUGUUGUCCAUAGUGGACUGCACCUCCUCAGUCACCUUUCUACCCUUCAUGAUGCGUCUGCAGCCCAAGUACCUCACCACCUACUUCAUUGGAGAAGGUUUAAGCGGGCUGGUCCCAGCAAUAGUGGCUCUUGUCCAAGGUGUGGGGGUGGUCCACUGUAAAAAUGCUAGUGCUAUUGCAAAUUUUAGCAUGGGGAACUCAUCGUGGGGUUCUGUUGGAGAAUUACAAGCACAAUACCAGAAGGCCAACUUCUCUGCUCAGGUUUUCUUCUUGUUCCUUAGUGCUAUGAUGAUAGCGUGCCUGGGCGGCUUCCUGUUGCUCAACCAUCAUCCAGCUGUGGCGUGGGAACACAAGAGCAAAGAUUAUGUUGUUGAGUCUCAGCGGGUGGAGAAGAUUGAUAUGAGCCAAUCCUUGAAGAGGGAAAGUGUGGAACAGAGGCCCAUGUUAAAUUCUCCAGAAACCCUGGUGAUACACCACAGGACAUUUGGAAAAGAAACCUACAGCAGAACAGAGCUGGUCUUUAUUUUUGUGGUUCUGGCCUGGGUCAAUGCAUUGACCAAUGCAGUUCUACCCUCAGUCCAGUCUUACUCCUGUUUGCCUUAUGGAAAUCAGGCCUAUCAUCUAGCAGCAACCUUGUCCGCAGUAGCCAAUCCGGUGGCCUGCUUCAUUGCCAUGUUGGUACCAAUCAGGUCUUUAAUGCUGAUGGGGGUUCUAACAGUGACUGGCACAGGGUUUGGAGCAUACAUAAUGGCUAUGGCAGCGCUAAGCCCUUGCCCUCUGCUCAUCCAUCAUGACCUAGGAGCAGCACUCAUUGUCUUAACAUGGGUCAUUUUUGUCCUAACUUUGUCCUAUGUGAAGGUGAUUAUUGGGGUGAUCUUGCGAGAUGAAGGUCACAGCGCCCUUGUGUGGUGUGGAGCUGUGGUGCAGCUUGGCUCUAUGUUAGGUGCUCUAUCUAUGUUCCCUUUGGUUAGUGUUUAUACACUUUUCCAGUCAGGAGAUCCCUGUAACACUAAGUGCCCCAAAUAAAAACAAGUGUUGUUCUGAUGGAUUCAGUGUACAACUCUGUGUUAGUGAAUAAACGGCAAACAUGAAGAAACACAUUAGAAUGUUACAGUAAUGACCAGUUACCUUAUACAUUAUUAUUAUUUUACAUAGCUCAUAUCCUAGCAACUGUAUUGUUCCAAAAACAUUUAUAAAAUUAUUUUCCUUUUGGUUUUCAUAUAGUUUGUGUACUGGUACAUAAACCAUAAACAAGCCUACCUAGCAAUAAGUCCCAUACAGUUACAGUGUUACUGUUAUCAAUUAUGACAAUUUUGUUAUAUUUGUUUGCUAUACUUGAUAUGUAAUGUUUUAUUGAAUGCUACUGAAGUUGUCAUUUUUUUUUUUUUUUUUUUCUGGAGAAGAUAUGAUGCUUAAAAAAUAGAUUUUUUUUGCCUCGUUCUAUGAACAGAAUCCACAAACGGUCGGAAAAGACCCCCUGCUAUUUUUUUAUCUUGUUUAGGAAAAAAAGUUAAAAAAUCAAGCUAAUUAAUUCCUGAACUGUUGUGGUUAUGUUAAAAAUCCACUUGGGUCAAUCCAACUUAUAUAUAAAAAUUUUACAUAGUGAGGAUGUCUUCAAAAAUAACGCCAUUAAUAGUUUUCAUUUAUCAGUUAACACCAUAUUUAGUCCAGUAAACAUAAUAAUAAUAAUUUAAAAAAAAGCUAAAUCAAUAUUCGGUGUGACCACCUUUGUCUUCAAAACUGCACCAAUUCUCCUAGGUACACCUGGACACCGUUUUUCUUGGUUGUUGGCAGAUAGGAUGUUCCAAGCUUUUUGGAGAAUUCACCACAGUUUUUCUAUUUAUUUAGGCUGUCUCAAUUACUUCUGUCUCCAUGUAAUUCCAGACUGACUAGAUGUUCAGUCAGGGGCUCUAUGGGUUCCAUGCCAUCUGUUGAAGGGCUCUCUGUUCUUCUAUUCUAUUUGCAAAAGAAAUGUUUGGGAGUCUUAUAUUAACUUCAUGGCAUUCAGGGUUGGGAAGUACAGAAUACAUGUAACGGUGAUACAUAUUUAAAAAACAAAAUAUAAGUAACUAUAUUCCACUACAGUUGUUGGUAGUUAAAAUUCAGUUACAUUCAAAAAGUAUUUUGAUUUCUGAAGAGAUUACUUUGCAUUUUAUUGUCAUGUGUUUCAUUAUAUAUUUAGUCUAUUUAGUUAAACUAAAUUUAGUUGAACAGCAGGUGAAGUGAAACACUUUCCUUAUGAUGUGUUACAUUCAUACAAGCAGAAAGAGGGCAAGCAGGCUUGUAUUUUCAUAAGAAUAAAUUAUUUUUAUGAGAAAUACUAAUCAAUGUAGCCUGUAGCAUCAUAUAGAUAGCUUCAAAAAAUAGAUUUUUUUGCCUCGUUCUAUGAACAGAAUCCACAAACGAUCGAAAAAAAAUAUGUUUUUGUGUACACUGUGGGGUUUGAAGUAAGUUUGGAUAAUCAGAAAUAAUUCUUUGUGUAAACUGCCAUGUAAACAUUUGGCGAUAUGUCAAGGUAAAAUGGCAUUUCUAGCCAUUAGAUGCUCCUGUUACCAGUUGCGAUAAAAUAUCUGAAUAUUGAAUUCUAUCAAGAAAAUCCAUGUCAGAUUUUUUUUUUUUUUUCCUCUAGUAAGACCUUUGAUAUUAGUGCAAAAAUGUACUGCAAAAAUAUUACUCUUAAAAUUUUUAUAUUUUUUUCCUGUAAAAUAAAUAAAAAAUCCUUAAAAUAGAAGAUACACUGCAUAAAAUAGUUAAGCUGUUUUAGAGCAUGUAUUUAAGUGUAUUUUGUUUACUGUACUGGCAGAUUUUUUUCAGUUGUUUAUAAUCAAAAACAAGUGGAAAAAAAUCUGCCAGUGCUAAAGAAGUAAACCAAAGUAUUUAGAUUAUGUUAAUGACGAUGAGUAAUCUAACAGAAUAUGUUAUAAAUGACAUUUUACAGUAAUCUGUAGUGGAAUUCAUUUUAAAAGUAACCCUCCCAACCCUGAUGGCACUGAUAUCUACAUUUUAUCAUUUGUCACUAUACCCUAAUUACUUAUAAUUACACUACACCAAUACUAAUUAUACUACUUAUAGAAACUAAUUGAACCUGAAACUGAUGGUCUUGUUGAGUCUUCUUAUUAAUAAUCACUUGAUGAACUUGUUUUUGAACACAGUCCAAAUUUCAAUUUCAUAAUAUUGUUGCUAGAGUUGUUGGGUAAACAAAUGAACACAAAACCACACUGGGAUACAUUAAAGGUGUACUUAGGAACUUUUGUCUUUGUGUCAUCUUUUACUUACACUGACACCCAGUGGCUUGGAUGCAGCAUCAUUUAUAAGGGUCAUGAAAUGCUCUUUUUUAUAUAUAUAGUUUUAUUAUCUUCCCUGAGGUCCACUGAUAAUGUUAGUAAAGUUUUUUUUGCAUUAAAACAGUCAUAAUUUAGUAAUAUAUUAUCAUUGUGUAUGGGAUGAAUAUAGUAUCAAAAUUCACAAAUGCAUAAACACUUAUCCAUCUAUUCGAUAAAUGUCAUACGUGCAUCUUACUAUCCACACACACAUUCGAUAAAUGUCAUACAUGCAUCUUACUAUCCACACACAAAUGCCUUUCAACUUGUGUCUGUGAAAUUCCAAAUUAAAUGAAUGUGCACCUUGUUUGUUAAAUGUGAGCCAAAAUCAUCACAAUUAAAAGAACCAAAGACUUAAACUACUUCAGUCUGUGUGCAUUGAAUUUAUUUAAUACAUGAGUUUCACAAUUUGAGUUGAAUUACUGAAAUAAAUGAACUUUUCCACGACAUUCUAAUUUAUUGAGAUGC